GCCGAAGUCACUCUCUAGGCUAUAAGGUGAUGCUAAUGGAGGCAGCCGAGCAGGGCCUUUGCUGCCUAUCUCACCCUUUCAUAUCACGAAUUGCCGCACAACACUCGCGUCUGCGCGCAUGAAAUUUAUGCCGCUGGCCCCAGCCCCCUCCCUCCCGUCCCCGGGGUCACCCGGCCCCUAAUGAUUCGCUUCGUGUCGGCACGGCGCUGAAUCCACUCGACCUUCUCCUGAAACGAGCCAAACGCAGCGCCUCCCAGAGAGAGGGUGGCACUCGACGUCUACGUUCUGAGCACCCACCGUCAUUACUUGCCGAGUUCGACGAGACGUGCGGACUAUAACAUGACAGGCGGCAUAUAAACGCGACCGAGCGCCCCAUCAUCGAGAUCGUCACCACCAACGACGUCUAUUGAGAUCCGUGCCUCUUUCACUCAAGCGUACCUAUAAACGUCGAGAAUGGAAGCCCUUAUGCCUCGCGGAUAUCGCUCCGUCACUGAAUACCGUUUCCGCGAGGAACAGACCGACGCCAUUGUUCGAGCCACCGCCUACCAUCGCAAAGACUACUGUCGCUCCGUGAUAUGGUUCUCGCCUCGCGAACAUGUCGGUAUUCGUCUGUCUAUAGCAACACCCUUCCGGCGGACUUCUAAUACGGGAUUCGGCUCUCUCGAUCGGCUACCCCUCGAGCUCUUGCAUGACGUAUUGUUACGUCUAGACAUGCAUUCUCUAUUCAAAUUUCGACAAACAAAUCUCAGAUCGAGGCAGACGGUAGACUCUCUCAAGCAAUAUCAGAUGGUGGUCUCGCAUGGACUGAACCUUCUCUGUGCCUUGUUACGAACACGACUUGCCAUCGGCGUUUCUCUGUCCGAUUUUUACUACGCACUAUGUACCAAGGCUUGUACUUUUUGCAGCGAAUUCGGCGGAUUUAUGUCCCUCCUAACUUGGAAUCGAUGCUGUUUUAAAUGCCUCCAAGGGGCUUUGGAAACCCAAGUGCAAACUCUUGCCGCUGUCCGGAAGCAAUUCCCCUUGACCAAGGCCGAAUUAGGCCAACUGAGGUCAUUCAAGACUUUGCCUGGAAUAUAUUCGAUGAAGGAAUCCGUACACAAAUCCCGUAUUACGGUCGUUUCUGUUCAUCAGGCCAUAUUGGUUUCCGGACAGCAACCGCAUGCACUAGCGCAGGCACAGCCAGCGAACUCGGGACGAAAUCAAAAAUUUAACUUUAUGGGGUCGUGCGCACUUCCUUAUUAUGAUAGACGAACCGGCAGAGCCGAACACGGAAUGUCGUGUGCUGGGUGUCAACUCGCUCUCGAAAAAGACAUCAUCGGCUCCAGGGGCGAGAAAUGGGCAUUCGAGGCUCGCGACAAGGUAUAUGCACAAGAUGGCUUUUUGGAACACUUUCGAUGGUGUGAACAAGCACAGCUCCUAUGGAGAUCGAGUGGCGAAGGUAGCAACCGGCCAACCGAUCUACCGGAGGCUGCUCGGAGAGGAGGCUACUUCAACAAUAGAGAAUGACAAGCAUGUGGAAACUGCUCGCUAAUGUAUUGCGGCCAGGCUGCCUACAAAGUGUCCAAGUAGAAAGCACCCAGAAAGCGGACAAAUUCCCAGACUUCCCAAGGUACAAUUUACCAUCUCAAUACAGCUCCACAGUUUACAAGCCGUGCUUUACUCUUCCAUAACGACUCCAUUUUGGUCCGUGUAUUUCACUGGCGCGUCUGGCUUGACCAAGUGCUUUGAACAGUAGUUGGUCGAAUCCUUGCC